AUGAAUAUGUUGGAUGAUGAAGAUGACCAAAGCUUUCACGCUACGCGUGACGGCUACUCCCAUUUGAGCGAUGUCGAAUGGGAUGCGGUUGAACGAAUGGGUUCGACCAUGGGCAUCCAUGCUGUUAGCGUCAUGCUAGAGGCUCUCAAUAGAGAUGCCCAACAUGCUACUAUCGCCAAGUUCAUUCAAAAUGAACUUGACGCAGAACGCGAGAAAGUAGCCUUGCUUCACCAACAAGGUUCUCAACAAGCAGAGUUGUUGAGAGAACAAGGUGCUCAACAGUUUGAACUGUUGAGACAGCAGCAGGCUGCUGCUGGCGGGUCGAUGCACUCGCGUCGGCCCGAGACUUUGAAGAUUGACAUCUCAAAGGCGCGUCGCAUCGACGACGGGGAUAUGCAAGUUGCAUUUGCCCAGUCAAAUCUGGCAGGACGUGCCAAGACUUGGGCACUGGGGCUCAAGCUGCACGACCCAUAUGCGUUUGGGUCGUUGGAAGUCUUCAAGUCGCGGCUCAGACAAACGUUUGAACCGCCUAGAGCUGAGUUCAGAGCUCGAACUGAACUCUUCAAGCUCAAACAAGGUAAGCGUGAUGUGCACGCUUACGCGCAACAAAUACGAUAUCUCACGAGUUGUAUAAGUUCCAAUCCGGUGGAUGAACACACGUUGGUUUCGGUGUUCAUGAAAGGUCUUGCGAAUGGUCCCGUCAAGACUCACCUGUUCCGACUUGAGCUAGAUUCACUAGAACAAGCCAUUUCCAUUGCGGAACAGGAAGACUUCAGUCUGAGACAGGCUCGCGCCAGCUCGACAUCAUAUCGUCAACCGAGACGAUAUGACAACGGAGGUCCAGAGCCGAUGGAACUCUGUUAUGUAGAGAGCGAGAAGGCUCGCUCUACAGGCUACAAGAAGUUGCAGAAAUGCAACAGAUGUCAAAAGACAGGACACUACGCUUACGAGUGUAGUGCCCCUCGUCUAGUGUCUCGCAACACUGGUCGUAAUGACCGUCCACCCCCGAGAAAGGGGAAGGGACGCGGGUCCGCUGUUGGUGCAAAGAUGCAACAACGGGAUGGACUGUAA